CACUUAUCCAACAUUUUCAUUAUGUUUCUUUAAUAUUUAGGUUGGGACAACAGCGUUGUUCAUGAGUGCUGAAAACGGUAAUAGUGAUAUUUGUAGACUUCUUAUUCAAUCAGGAGCAAACAAGGAUAUUCAAACUAAAUAUGGCUGGACCUCCGUGAUGACUGCAGCUCAUUUCAACAAAUAUGACAUUGUUAAACUGCUUGUAAGAGACGGUGCUAACAGUGAUGUGCAGAAUUUAAAUGGAGACACAGCAUUACAUGUAGCUGCUUACUGGGGAUAUUCAUCAGUGGUUAAACUACUAUUAGACACAGGGGCAUCAAUUCUCCUUUCAAAGAAAGGUAACACGCCUCUGCAUGCCUGCUUCCUGAAUCAAAAUUUAAGUUAUGAUCAUCACAGAAACGUUACUGUAGCAUUUAUGAUGACUCAUUCAAACAUAGUAUCCAUCAAAAACAGUGAUGGCAAAACUGUAAUUGACUUGCAUGAAGAAAGUGAGUGUAGGAGGUAUGAAACAGAACAUAGAUGUUUACAGAAAGAAGAGUUAUUACUGAUAUUGAAAGGUGGGCAAUUUCCAGUAAUCAAUUUUACACCUUCGGGAAGUACAGUUCCAUCAAUAAUCCAAACUCAUGGACCAUCAUCUGUAAAAACUUAUACUGAAGCAUUAGAAGACGGCAUUGUUGAGGUGAACCUUGGAACGAUUAAGGUGAUAGGACAAGAAAGAGCGGGUAAAACCUGCCUCAUAAAUUCCUGCCUUGGUAAAAAAUUUAACCAAGAUGAAGAAAUUACAGAUGGAAUAGCAACCACUAAGAUUAUAACCAGGACAACCAAUAAAACUGACGUAUGGAGUGAAAAUCUUACUAACGUUGGUAAGAAAACGAAUCACAAUAAGUAA